UUAACAUCCAACACCAUGAAGGUUCUUGCAGUAACUCUGUGCUUAGUGCUCCUCCUGGCAGCCAGAGCGGAGAUGCAAACGGACGACACAACAGCCACGUCGCAAGACCUUCGGCAGAGCGAGCCCCUUCACAGCCAACAGAAACGAAGUGUGGCCAAACUUCUCCUUCUCAAGGCUUUACCGCUGCUGAAGAAGUUGCCGCCGGUGUUGCCUCUCCCUCUGCCACUUCCGGUGCCCAAGCCUGUUCCUGUGCCGCUGCCAGUCAGUGUGAACAUCACUCGUUCACCGCAAAUCUGAUUGCUUUUGUACUUUUGUACCAAACGAUAAAUUCAUCUUGAUUUAUUUAUUCAUCCAUAUCUGUGCAUGUUCACAUGUGACAUUUCGUCCACAGUUACAGGAAUGUCAAUUUAACUAUUGAGAUUUGUAAUUAUUUGUGUGAUUAGAAAGAUGUUAAAUAAUAAAGCCUUCAAUAAGAGCGAA